CUGAGGUUGGAGGUUUGAGUGAGAGUCCAUCUAAGACCGUGCAGGCUGAACCAGCAUCAGGAUUAGUCCGUUUGGAAUUUAGUCUUUCAGGUGGAUCUCCAAGACUCUCCCUCAGACCUCAGAGACUCUCCCUCAGACCAGGAGUAUCUCUCCAGGUGACUCAGGGUGUCAUCAUGCCGUGGGUUCUUUCCUCUCAGAUGGAGCACCUGUCUUCGUCUCCAUCUCAGCGUGAGUGCGAGCGGACGGCGUUCUCGUUUUACUGUGCCGUUCGGGAGCAGCUGCCCGUGUGGCUGCUGGAGGACAUGAGGUGCAUGGAGGUUUUCUGCUGGGAGGACGGACAGCCGAGAGCGUUCCUGCCUUCUGAGGCGCUGCUCUACGCACUCGUACACGACCACCAGGACUAUGCACGCUAUCUGCUCAACAGGUACUCAGUGAGCACGCUCAGAGCCCCACGCUGUAGCUUCUGUUGUUGUCGUAACAACGGCGCGCCACACCUGUCGGUGGCGGUGCGGUAUGACCGUGUGACGAUCCUCAGCAUGAUGAUGGAAGCCCUGAAAGACUGCGACAUCCAGAGUGAGUGGAGACACUACCUGGACAGCUGUGGCGGCUGCUCGCACGUGGCCGACUCAGGAAAGACGGCGCUGCAGUUGGCAGUGGAGCUGUCGCGGCCUGACUGUCUGCUGUUGCUGCUGGUUCAUGGAGCUCAGCCUGAUGGCCUUGACCUUGCACUGCAGCGACUCGUAUCCUGCGACCCAACAGAGCGACGCCACGCUCAGCGCUGCCUCGACUUCCUGCUUCUGUUCUUACCCAAACCACUGGCACUGAACUGCCUGCAGGAGGAGCCGCAGCGCUGGCAAAGCCUUCUGGGAACUGAAGUGUUUAGCUGGUUGUGUGGUCUGUCUCCGCCCCCCCUCCUGCUGCAGUCUCUCAGGUGUUUAGCCCGGUCUGGUCCGGAUCAGAUCAAUGCACUUCCAAGCUUCCUGCAGCCACACAGCUGGCAGUGACAUCAUCUGUCACCAUGGAAACACACAGUAAAUACCUCAAGACUGCUGUGAUUGGAGGGUUGUUGAUGAUGUAAAUAAAAUGUAAAUACAGUCUGAAGAAAUGUGAACUCUCAACAGAGAUAAAAAAAAAAAAACUGCUGAGUCAGCGUCCACAGACAGAAACCUGGUGUCUGCAUGCAGUCUUUGGGACCCUGAGGAGACAAUACGAGGUCUGACCUCAACCCGGAUCAGACUUUAAUGACUCUUUAAAUCGUUUUCUGUUUAUUGGUCAGCAGUGAAGUUUUUCUUCAAGUGACGCUGAAAUAAUCUUAAAGGACAUUUUGACCUCCAAAGGUUCCCUGGUGAGAAUAUUUAACGUUUGUUUGAACAUGUUGACUGAUGUGAUUGUGUGAACAUGUUUCUACCUCAGCACGGACUGAAUCUCUGAACCCAACAGGACACAUCUUCAGCUUCCUGUUUUAACCACAGAAACAUCAGUUAUGAAUACAGACAGACCAGAUUGAUUGUUUGAAUCUCAUGUGAAUGAACAUUUACCCAAACAACCAAACAGCUGAUGGAGAGGCAGAGAGAGUCUGAAAUACUGAGCCAGCAUCCUGAAGCUCUAACCCGCUGUCUUUGUUUUUCAUUCAGCGUUGAACUUAUCGAUCAUAUUGAUCGACCUCCGCUGCUGGACACGCCUUAGAUUAUAAACCAAUCCAUGCUCUCCGUAGGUCUCCUGUGUUCAUGAAGGUUUGGAGAUGAAUGUCUUCAGUACUGUUUUUGUCUGAACUCUCUGACCUGUGAAUGACUUGUCGAUAAUUACCUGUAAAUAAAACAUAUAUAU